AUGUCUGGAACCUCACGCAGUCGUCCAAACGGUCGGCGCAAGUCCAUGCAGUCGAUGUGGGACCCCUGGGCGGUACCGCCAAUCGUUGGUUCUAGGCACUUCAUCGCCAGCACGCACGACGGCCGUUUUCGGGCUUGCGCCGCACCAAAGCACUUCCGCCGUCCUCGUGUUAAUGCGGCGACUGGUUACUCGACGUCAUCGUCGGCGAGCCAUGCCCCCUCUUCAGCGCCCGCUGCCCGCUCCUCGGCACCCCCUGGCCCCUCUGCUCAGCUCCCUUGCGUAUCCUCGGCGCUUCGUGUGCCUACCCAAUCGACCGCCCAGGUCAUUGACCAUCGCCUGCCACAGACAGAACGCACGGCGCCUGCUGCGACAAGUUCAGCGCUUCGCAGGUCGGCGGCGCCUCCUAACACCAAUUCUCCUCCUGUCACCAUGGCAGUGGCCCCAUGUGUGCCUCAGCUUAGCCGUGGUGGCACCAGCAUGCCUCGUUCAUCGACGGCCGUCGGUUCGGCGCAACGUCCAAUGUCCUCCUCGCGCGCGGUGCCAGUCGUCAAACCCAUUGUGCCCCAGCCCGAGCGUUGGCGUCUCUGCGGCGCUGCAAGCACUUCACCCCUGCGUUCAUUGGUCUCUGAUUCUUCUACGGCUUCAUCCAGGCCACUCGUGGACGCCGUCUCGAGGUCUUUCCCUCGGCCUCUAUAG